AUGGCAGCAAGGCUUGUGCUCCCCCUCCUCCUCGUCCUCGUCGUCGGCUCCCACACGGCCUCCUCCUCCGUGGUUCAGACGUGCGUGAACGCGGUGGUGCGAGGGGACCGCAGGGACCUGUACGCCUUCUGCGUGACGACGCUCCAGGCGGCGCCGGGGAGCGCCACCGCGGACGCCCACGGGCUGGCCGUGAUCGCCACGAACCUGACGCUGGCCAACUACACGGCGGCGGUGGCCACGAUCAAGGACCUGCAGAAGCGCGGGGGCUGGACGGCCAAGCAGCUGGGGGCGUUGAUCAAGUGCCGGCAGGGGUACAUCCAGGCGCUGAACAUGGUGCACAGCGCCGUCCACGCGCUGGCCACGGGGCAGAAGCAGGCGUACUUGGACGCCAUGGGCGAAGUCAGGGAGGCCGCCCUCGACUGCGAAGAAGCGUUCGUCGGUGCAGAUCCGGACGAUAAGUCGAUGCCGAGUAAGGUGAACUGGGACGCCGAGCUCGUGACCACCGUGGCCAUGAUGAUCGUGAUGUCGUUGUAG